AUGACUUCCAGAGGCUACAAAGACUACGUCAGGGAUGCCGACGAGGAGAGCAUUUUCCAUUCCGAAAGGCGGCCUUCCAAAUUCCUUCGUCUUACUGAGGACGCUGCAUUCGAUUACCAACUAACAAAGUGGUCGGAAAAGGCGAAGAACUCAUCGAGCUGGCUUUGGUUAUGUCCUCAGAUUCAUCCAAUGUUCAGUAAAAGAACCGCCGGUAAUGGCUACCGAGCUCAGGGAGGCGAAAGGUUCCUCAGUCUGGUACCACAGGUCCAUCCUCAGUAUGUAGCCCCCACUGAGAGAAAGAGGAGGCCAGUGGAAAACAUACCCAACGCUUUCUCCCAUAGUCAGUCCGAAACGCAGAACGGCCAUCAUUUACACGGAGUGGCUCACUCAUCUCCCACUCAACGACAACAUCCGGCUCUUAGACCUCCUGGAGACCCCAUAUCAUUUGACCCGGUCUGGUGGUGGCCAGAUGUCAUACACAAGAAUAAUUUCCACACUGAGAGUGGUUUGCUAUUGGUUGGCAACCCAGAGAAUAGUCGCGCAGGUAUCAUGCCGACGUAUGAGAUAUUCUUCGCCAUGAUACAGGCGGGCUUGGCCCGUCGUAACGCCGAUUCGUCGUAUGCAUUGCGAAAUCGCGAGCUUGAUGAAGUUCAGCGAAAGUAUGAUAAGAUGAUCGAAGACAAGGCAAAGUGCGAAGAGGAACAGAAGGACGUCGAUAGGAUAACAUCGGGCAACUACGGUGAGUAUGAUCAUGAUACCUUCGAAUGGGCGAUGAAGCGUCACUCGGAAGUGAUCUAUCGUAUUCGAGCCCUGGAGUCAGAGGAAGAACAGCUUCAGGUACAGCAGGAUGAUAUCUACGCUCGACAUCAGGCAGUGAAUGUGAGCACAAUGGCCGUAGAGAAAACGCUUUGGGAUUUGCUCGACGAUCUCCUUGUACGAAUAGGCGUUUUUCCCAGCGUCGAUGACAACGACCAGAAUCCGAGGGUCCGAGUAGUGGAUGCAAGAGAACCGGCAGACGAUCCCAACCUGGAUUGGCCUGAGAACAAUUGGAACGACGAAAUACCCGGGGAGUGGAAACCCGCGCCAUUCGAAGACAAAGGUAGUGAGGUAUUUGGACCUCUGGAAGAAGAAGAGGCAGAGAGUACCUGGAAUAACGCAUGGAAGGACUAUCCUCGCAACGACCACCUGCUGGCAUUACAGGAUGUGCUCUACCAAACGGCGGAAGAGGCAAUACGCGUUGAGCGGGAGUUUAAUGAUGUCCGUGAGCAGUACGAUCGGGAAUUGCAGACUUACAUGUUUCACCAGAGAGGGAAACGUGACAACGCGAGUGUAAGGUCGUAUCAGUUAGAAGAAGAAUUUGGUCCAAUAUGGCUGGAAAAAUGCCGUAAGAUUUCUGCGAAGAUGCAGGAAGCUGACAGAGGCCAUGCGCAGGCGGAGUGCGCUCUCUCUGAUGCAAAUCGGCAUGAUCGUGAGGUUCGAAGGAGGCCGUCCAAACCAGAGCUGCGCCUUCCGGGUCAGACAGAGGCAAUCGAGCCACGAAGGUUUGGAAAGAGGAUAUCCUCCCGUAAGCGGCGCUGGAUCGACGAAUGGCUUGAAGAUGUGUAUAUGAAACCGGGUGACGAGGAUCGCCAAAAACCUGGAGAAGAACCGGCUCAGCCCAUUACGGUUGCUACGGAUGAGGCGAGUAGAUCACUGCGCUCUGAGGAUGUUCCAAUGGCCACAGGUCACCGACGUCGAAGAAUCGACAGAUAUGUACUUCGAAGCCGAGAUCUGCGUCAAGACACGUCGAAUACUGCUUUACAACAGCUGCAUCUUGACUGGGCAAGGAAGGUUGGUGAACGGAUGUGA